UGGGACACACUGGGAUUGGGAAAGGGGCAGGCUGGUAUCAGGAAUGGGAUAUGGCAGGAAUGGGAGAGAGCAGGAUCGGGAAUGGGAGAACCAGGAACAGGAGUGGUUCACCCUCACCCUGAUCCCCGAUCCCCGAUCCCCGAUCCCUGUCCCCACGUGUCCCCGCUGUCCCCCGUCCCUGCCAGCCGUGCCCCCCCAGGAUGUCCCUGCCAGCCCCGGGCCGGGCCCUGCCGGCGCCGGAGCCGCUCCGGAGGCACGGGAACAUCCCGAGCCUGGAGCCCCUGCCUGCUCCAGCCCUCCCGGCUCUCCCUGGCCGUGCCCAGGAGCCGGGAUGUGGCAGCCACCACCUGGCGCUGCAGAGGAUGGCCGGGGACCUGCUGUCCCUGCGCCGCCGCGUCGCCAGCCUGGAGGCCGAGAACGCGCAGCUGCGGCACAGCCUGGCACGGCUGCGGGAGCCGGCGCAGCUCCGCGGCACCGACACGGACACGCUGACCCGGGACGAGCUGCGGGACAGGCUGGCCACCCUGUCCCGCGAGCUGGCGGCGGGCGCGGCGGAGCUGCGGGCGCGGCGGGCCCGGGAGCAGCGGCUGCAGAACGAGCUGAUCCGGGUAGGGCCCCGCGGGCACCGGGGGCUGCCCCGGGCUCGGGCCGUGCCCGGCACUCCCGGGCCGCUCUCCCCGCAGAAGAACGACCGCGAGCAGGAGCUGCUGCUGCUCCAGCGGCGCCGGCAGCGGCAGCGGGACAAGGUGACACGGCUCGGGUGACACGGACGGGCCGGGGACACCGCGAGCCCCCCGGGCCGGCCCGGGCUGGGCACGGAGCCCUGGCACCGCGCUGGGGACACGGCGACAGCGGUGCCUGUGCCCAGGUGAUCGAGGCCAUGGAGCGGCUGCUGCGGGACAGGAGCGCCGAGAGAGCCGCGGGUGGGCAGGAGGGGACAGCCACACCCGGGGUGUCCCCAAUGUCCCUGGGAUGUCCGGGGUGGGCAGGAGGGG